UUGUGGGAGGAGAUGUGGUUUGUUUUGUUUUGGUUUGACUUGGCAUGGACAGAAAGUCAAAAUGUAUCGGCCAUUAUCAUCAGAUGUAAAAAGCAGUAAGUGUUACUGUUGCUGUAAACCAUCAAAAUCAGAUCUAAACGAACUGGACAUGGCUCUAAAUGAGCUUGGCAUGCUGAGUUGUGUAACACCUAGUCGCAGCGAAUAUCUUCAGGAGAUGAAACACAGAAAUAAUCAAUCUACGUCUUACUCCUUAAUGGAAAAUACUAAUCUUUCUAGUGGGUCAAGAGGGUAUAAAAUUAUUCAGAUCGACACUAAAUUUGUGACAGGUGUGUCCUCUGAUAAUCCCUCCUAUUUACCUCGUAGAAAACAUUCUUCCCCAAAUCUAAAUGGCAAAAAUUUAAGUGUAAGUGGAGCUGGGUGCUCCGAGGCGAUCAGUUCAAACUGGAGGUUUAAUUACCGUAAUCAAGCUGGAAGUUUUGAAGAAGAGGCACGUCAAAGUCGAUUAUCAAGAAUCAAGUUGGCCCGCCAAAGGCGAUUCAGAAAGCCUUAUAAUGUUCCAGGAAGAUUGUACCAUUCCAUGCAAGAAUCUGACAUUCCGAAGGAUGAAGUUUCACCCAGACAUAUUUCAAAGUCAAACUCAAAUUCUCCGAAUAAACUGUUGUCUGGGCCUUUAGUGAGGUCAAAGUCGUUGGACAAUCUAGAUCUUGCUAGGUUAAAACUGACUGAAUUCUGUCACGAAAGUGUGGAUGAUCGGCAAGAUAUAGAUCAAGUAUCGAUAGAUUUAACAAAUUUACAAGUUAGCUAAUGGAUAGUAUAAUUAGGAUUAAUCAAUUAUUUUAUUGUCUUUCUUAACUUUUAAAGGAAUAUUGAACAAUACUUUUAAAGGAAUGUAGUAUAUAUUGAACAAUACUUUUAAAGGAAUGUAGUACAUAUUGAACAAUUCUUUUAAAGGAAUGUAGUACAUUUUGAACAAUACUUUUAAAGGAUGUAGUAAUAUAGUACAUAUUGAACAAUACUUUUAAAGGAAUGUGGUACAUUUUGAACAAUUCUUUUAAAGGAAUGUAGUACAUAUGGAAUAUUCUUUUAACAAGUAGAUUUAGAUACAGUACUUGGGUAUCAUUCUCAAAAUCUUAAACUAAAAUAUUUCAAGAGUGUUGAAUUUUCAUUGACUAAAAACUUGAAUUGUUUCUAAGAUUUUGAUUCUCAGCCAAUGAAAAUGUUGGAUUCUUAAAAUAUUUUAUUGAAUAAAGCAAUCGGUGAGUAAAAAGUGCCGGAAUGGUGAAUUAAAUUAAAGGCUCAAUACCACUCUUGUUGUAACUGAAUAAUAUAUCCCAAUCUUUAUUCUGGUCAACAAAUUGUACUAUUUUACAAUAUUCCAAUUAAUUGAUGAUACAAAUUUCAUCUUAACACACCUUAUUUAAAAAUUUUGAAAAAUUCAACAUAAUGGUUUGAAACGUCUAACGUAAACCUUUUCAAAUGAAACUUCGAUUUAAAAAUAUUUUCGAACCCUCCGGACAAGUAAAAUAGGAUGUAAUGGAUAAUUUACACAACAGGUAGGACACUUAAACAUCUAGUACUUAGAUAGAGAUAUUAUUUAUUUUCUGGAGCUUUCAAGCCAGCAAGAAUGUUAUUGUCCCUUUAAGUUAGCCAUGGACAAGAAUAUGUAUGACAAGAGAGCAGAACUAAAAGGCCUACAUCAAAUAUCCCCAUGUCCUACUCCAUGAUAUACAAUGUUCUGUUUGUUCAUAGUCUGAGAGGCCGCUUAAAAAAGGACAGAUCAGAAUGAUGUUUACUAACAUCAGAAAAUACUUGAGAAGCCAGUCAGAUAAGAUCAGCGCAUUGUUUACUAAAUGAUAUCAUUAUAAAAUUAUUAAAAAGUCAGUGUGAUGUUUACUAAAUGAUAUCAUUAGAAAAUACUUGAGAAGCCAGUCAGAUUAGAUCAGUGUGAUGUUUACUAAAUGAUAUUAUUAGAAAAUACUUGAGAAGCCAGUCAGAUUAGAUCAGUGUGUUGUUUACUAAAUGAUAUCAUUAGAAAAUACUUGAGAAGCCAGUCAGAUUAGAUCAGUGUGAUGUUUACUAAAUGAUAUCAUUAGAAAAUACUUGAGAAGCCAGUCAGAUAAGAUCAGUUCUGAUGUUUAGUAAUGGAUAUUUAAAAAAAAAAACCUGAGAAGCCAGUUGAAAUUGAUUAUAUCUCAUUAAACAACUGACAUUAAUGGAUAUGAAUAUUGUGGGUAUUUUCCAUGAUGUCAUCAAAACAUUAAGGACAUUAAAUUAUAUCAUCAUUUUACAGUACCCACGUAUACUACUAAAUACUAGUAAAAAUCAAGCCAGUAUAUUAAGAUGACAAGGAGCAUAUUAAUAAGCACUAACAUUUUGAAAUGUUAGCAUCAAAAUAUACUGUGUCCAGUAUAUUAAGAUGACAAGGAGCAUAUUAAUAAGCACUAACAUUUUGAAAUGUUAGCAUCAAAAUAUACUGUGUCCAGUAUAUUAAGAUGACAAGGAGCAUAUUAAUAAGCACUAACAUUUUGAGAUGUUAGCAUCAAAAUAUACUGUGUCCGCAGUCUGGUCAGCGUUUAAUAUAUAUAUAGACAGUACAGGUGUAUGAUCGGGACAGUAGUUGUUAUCUUCCGAGUCAGCUUGUGUCCGCAGUCUGGUCAACGUUUAAUAUAUAUAUAGACAGUACAGGUGUAUGAUCGGGACAGUAGUUGUUAUCUUCCGAGUCAGCUUGUGUCCCCAGUCUGGUCAACGUUUAAUAUAUAUAGACAGUACAUAGGUGUAUGAUCGCGACAGUAGUUGUUAUCUUCCGAGUCAGCUUGUGUCCCCAGUCUGGUCAACGUUUAAUAUAUAUAGACAGUACAUAGGUGUAUGAUCGCGACAGUAGUUGUUGUCUUCCAAGUCAGCUUGUGUUUUGUGUUUCCUGGCAACCCAUCAUUCAUUAAAGCCACUGACAGAGUUUUCAAGCCCUUACAAUCUACAUUAUGGUGAAAGUUGAAUCUCUAGAGGGACUAUCAGUCCAAAAAUGGUACACGGCUCCAAUGUAUACACAGGACCUCAUGUUUUCGUCCCAUCCGAACGACUACAUGUAUAUAUAUACGCAUUGUCCCUUACACCACUGACAUAAGUAACAAGGGGAAUAUCGGUCAAAAAGUGGUACAUGGCUCCAAUGUAUACACAGGACGUCAGGUUUUCAUCCCAUCCGAACUACUAUAUUAUAUACGUUGUCCCUUAUACACCACUGACAUAAGUGAUAAGGGGAACCACGCCGGAAAAUCCUGACCCCAUCACGGCUCCCAGUAUAUUUAUAAAUGUACGCGAAGUAAAUUUAAAUAAAAGAAAAGUGACUAGAAUCUAUUUUUCGUUGAUAUAUUUCAAACAGAAAUGAAAUAACUACAAGAAAUAGUUACCUUCCAUUCAGUGUUUACUAAAUUGGAUGUUGUCUGAAAAAUGAAAAUAACGAUCCGCUGCUUGAAAUUUUUAUUUGUAGUCUUCAUUUAAACAAUAUAAUGCCUAUUUAAAUGUAAGGAAAUGGGGGUUUAACAGCCGUUUUUUCUGAACUAACCAAACUAAUGAUGACCCUCAUAUGGCGUGCAAAGGGUUACGAGGGAAAUUUUGCCUGUACAAUGAUGGCUUUUCCACGUAAACAACUAAACGCUAUUCUUGUCCAGGCCCUCCUUUCUGCACCAUUGACAAGUGGGAACCAAACAGGAACUUUCUUGGUCAUCGCAGGGAUCGAAACCCAGAACCUCCUGUUUAAUGAGCCAGACCUAUACGCUCCCUCCAAGGGGGGUUUGGUGGCCGAUUGGUUAACGCAUAAGCGUGAAAUCACAAGGUCUGUCACUGAGUCAAGUGGAGUGGUUUCGAUUCCCCGGUUGUACGUGACAAGGAGUACGGUUGUCUGUCCAACCUUGUGGGUUUUCUCCAGUUCCUCCGGUUUCCUCCCACUACUAAAGACUUUGAUCUGCAAGCGAAUUAUUGAAAUAAAAUUGAACCAGUUUGUGUCGAGUGGACGUUAAACUCUCUUUCAGAUGGUUAGAAACCCAUUUACGUAUUGCAAGUACAUGUAAAUCAGUGUUUGUUAUAGAUCAGCCAGUAUGUGUCAUUGGAUGUGGGCCCAAAUAAUUCAGAUAUUUCUUUCCUCAAAUUUCGUUAUAUUCUUCACAUCUACAAGUACACCUAAAAUGAAUGAUAUUUUCUUCGUUUUUACCUCUAAAUUAUAAGCAUUCAAUGAUUUUAUUUUAUUACUUAUCAUAUUUUAAUGUCAUGUAUAGAUACAUGUAUAUAUUUGUUAUGGCUAUUAUUUAUUUUACAACUUUGAAUGAUUGUAUCAUAAUUGAAAAUUUUAUGUCCAAAUGAAUUAAAUUUAAAUUUUAAA